AUGUUCAAAAAAAAAUCGAAGAAGACGACGAAGGACAAGGAGAAGGAUCUAUUGGAAACCAUGAAGACCUCUGAUGGCAAUUCCUUGGAGCAGAACCCUAUCAAUCAGAAGGCCGUCUUUGAUGAGUGUGGCAAUGAAUCCUGGUUCUUUGGCUAUGUGCAGGGCAAGUCGCUUAUGGUAAGAGUAUUUGAAAGGGUAGAGUAGGGUAGGGUAGGGUAGGGUAGGGUAGGGUAGGGUAGGGUAGGGUAGGGUAGGGUAGGGUAGGGUAGGGUAGGGUAGGGUAGGGUAGGGUAGGGUAGGGUAGGGUAGGGUAGGGUAGAGUAGGGUAGGGUAAAGUAAAAUAAGGUAGGGUAGGACAAGAUAAACUACAAUUUUUUAAUUUCUUAAAUUUCUAGCCAUACCUAAAAACCGCUGGUGAUUUUGGCAUAAGUUUCAUAGACCAACUGGAGAUUGUGGUGAUGGGAGAGAAGUCCAAGUACAUCAUAGCGGCUACGAUUGACAAUACUGAAAUUAAGAUAAGCUCAGUCAAUACGGUAAGUUUAAUUUUUAAAAUUGAAGUUUUGAAGAAUUUGUGAAACAGCCCUUUUUUUGAGUUUCGCAACAUUGAGUUCUAUGAACUUUUUGAUUAAUAAAAAGUUGUGUUCUAGGAAGUUUUUGACCGAAAAAAAUUGAGUUCUAUGAAUUUUUUGACCGGUAAAAUUUAUUUUUUUUCGAAUUUUAGACAUUUCCUGGAGUCAAAAAAAUGGUGGAAGAAUUGUCGAAAAAGAAAUACAAACUGAUAAAGGGCGUGGAAAAGCUAAGAUUGGCUAAGCCAAUGGAAACUCCUCCCUGGAUCCUACACAAAGCUUCAUUAUCACUGGCUCGGCUGUCGAAGGGGAUGCUCGUAAGUUCAAAUUUUAAAUUUAAUUUUUUUUGAGGAUUUUGAAAAAAUUUUUUUUAUUGAAAAUUAAAAAACAUUAUCUACCCCCGAAAAAAAUGCCAUAGCCGAUGAAAAACAAGCCUAAUUUUUAGACUACAACAAGACGUUCAAUGGAAGACUGUUCGAAAAGAUUGAAGUACUGAUUAGAACAACUUCUCAAGGAUUGGCUGGAGCAUCGAUUGAGAAAACGAAUCGAGUUUUGUCUAAUGAAUGCCAACGCCUGGUCAAUUUGAAGCAUUUGAAUUUGACUUUGGUGGGUUUUUAUUUAUUUUUUACUUUUUGUGUUUUAGCCUUAGCUCUAGCUUUAGCCUUAGGCUUUUGUGUUUUGCAAUAUUGGGUUCUAUAAACUUUUUGACCGAUAAAAAGUUGAGUUUUAUAAAGUUUUUAAUUGUCUGUUGUAGGUAUACGGAUUAGUGUGCACAGAGCUUCCAGUUCAACUCGUUUGUGAAUUUUUUCCAGGAAGAACGUUGAAAGAAUUUUUGUUGCUUCAUGGACAAUCAUGUUCGGACACUGACAGACUUAGGUUUGCGUUGGAAAUUGCGAAUGCUCUGGUUUAUGUUCAUGAACAGUAAGGUUUUCUGUACUACCUGCCUCUGCCGUACCGUUUCGUACUCUACCGUACUCUAUCCUACAGUACCCUGCUUUAUCUUAGCCUAUUCUACCCUAACCUACCUUACUCUACUUUCUAUGCUUACGUUUUUUAGAAACAUUGUUCACCGACAAGUAGUGGCCGACAAGUGUUAUGUCAGUCAUUAUGGUCAUUUAAAGUUGUCUGGCUUUGGUUUGUCAGCAACUCCUGACGAAUUGAACGAAACAAAACCUGAGAUCCUGACCCAACAGAACAUCCCUAUCAGAGCGAUGGCUCCGGAGUGUUUGAUUCACAAACCAAAGCAUUCAUUGAGCUGUGACAUAUGGUAGGUUACGAUCUUGGGCUUAUUGUGUGGUAAGGUAUAGUAGGGUAGGGUUUUUUUGGGUGGGUAAGGUAGGGUAAGAAAAUGUAAGAGUAUAGCAUGGCAAAAAAAACUUUAAACAUUUCAUUUUAGGGCCUUUGGUAUCUUCCUCUACGAAAUCUAUUCGAAUGGCGAAAGCCCAUGGCGUGAUUGGGAGGUGAAGAAGAUUGCCACAGCGAUUCGAAAGAUCCGUAUGCCUUCUCUACCCUCAUCCAUGUCAGACGACGCGAAAAAGUUUGUGGAAUCAAAGUGUUGGGUUGAAGAGCCGAAGAAUCGAGCAAAGGUUGGCGAAUUGAAGUCGUUUAUCGAGGAGCAAAUCAAAAACGCCGGUACUAGUGACGGGACUCAGGUAAGUAUUUUAUUCGAAAAGGGGAGAUAGGGGUUAUUUCUAAGAAGAUGGGACUAUUUAUAAGAAGAUGGGACCAUUUCUAAGAAGACGGUACUAUUUUUAAGAAUAUGGGACUAUUUAUAAGAAGAUAGGACCAUUUCUAAGAAGACGGUACCAUUUCUAAGAAGAUGGGACCAUUUAUAAGAAAAUUGGGCUAUUUCUAAGAAGAUGGGAUUAUUUCGUUAGUGAUAGAAAUCUAAGAAGAUGGGACUAUUUGCAAAAUUUGGGACCGCCUAUUAAAGUAUCGGCGAUUUUUUAGGCGGUGGUACUAUGUAUUUCUGUGGAGAAGAAACCAUUUUUUUUAGUAUAUAUGACUAUUUCUAAAAAGAUGGGACUAUUUUUAGGAAACUAGCACUAGUUUUAGAAAUUUAGGACUAAUUAUUGGACCGUGGUAUCAUUUAUUUUAAAAUGAGGGCUUUUUAUAGCCAUUGAUACUAUUGUUUUAAAAGUUAUGAUUUUACCUUACUUUUCUGUUACAAUAUAGCAAACUUUGAUAUCUCAAUUCCAGGACGUCCUAAAAGCCGUGAACGGCGUAGAGCCCCUAAUCCAAAGUCAAGUCGAACAAAAGCACGAAGAGAUGCUUCAACAAUUCACCGAGCUUCGAAACGCCGCAGUCUGGCCUAAAAAAGUUGGCGAUGAGAAGACGGAAAAACCGGAAAAUAAAUCGACCAAACGGAAGGGUAAGACCAUCACAAAAAAGAAGAAGACAGGCAGUGUGGUGAGGAAGAACUACUCUGCUGGUACCACUACGACUGGUACAGUGACGAAUCAAACUGUCACGUCACCGAAAGAAACGGUAAGGGGGGUUUUGGUAUUUUUAUGGGCGUUUUGGUACAGUUCAGGGGUUUGGUACUAUUUUCGGCAUUUAUGGUACUUUUUUGAAUCUUUAUGCAAGUUUUGGUGCUUUUUGUACUUUUUUUGGGGGUUUGGUACCUUUUUUUCGGAGUUGGUAAUAUUUCAGCUUUUGGUACUGUUUUGGGUGUUUUUGGUACUUUUUUUAUUUUUUUGGCAGUUUUGGUUCUUUUGGUACUUUUUUGUUUUUCUGGUGCCGUUUUGUGUACUUGUGGUUUUUUUGUGAAAUUUUAAAAGUGGUUUUGGUACUUUUUGGUACCGUUUUGCAUAGUUGUAGUAUUUUUUAAGAUUUUGGUACUAAUUUUUGAAAAUUCUAGUCAGUGGAGAAGGAAAAGCCAGAUAAAACGGAAAAAGUGGACCAAACAGAGAAGGGCCAGACCAAAUCCGCGAUGCCAGCUUUGAAAAAAGUCACCGAGUCGAAACGAAAAAACAAGGAAAAGAAGAGUCCAGCGAAUACUCCAGCCCCCAAGAAAUUACCACGCCCAGCACAUGCUCACCACGAAAUUGACGAUGACUACAGUGGAAGCUUGAAAGACGAGAAAUAG